UGAAGAUUAGGCUGCCUUGGAGAACUGUGUUUUCCUCCUGACCAUUGCGGAUACUUUGGAUUGGCUACACCCUUAUGCUACCAUCAUGUUGAAGCAUAUUUAGACUUUCCAAGCAUUCCUGUUUUGAUUAAAGGCCUCAACUGGAAUCCAUUUGCAUUUGGAACUGGAUCAACACAGAGACUUGAUGUAUUAGAAUGGCUGGCAAACAAGCAAUGCCAUUUAAUGAGCAAGCAAAAUUCUUGUGUUAUAAUGGGGAAAUCCUUGUUUUUCAUUUGUCCAAAGGAGGUUUUGCAGUGCCUACAGAUACAUCUGUAUUAUAUGUCAAAAGGAUGGUAUUUGACAGAGAAACAGAAACAUUUGUUCUGAUAUCCACGGGUUUUUUAAACAUUAAGGAGAAAGCUUCUCAUUUAAAAAUUCUGUGUUGUAAAUGUGUGUCAGAUUUUAGAACUAGAGUUAACCUCCCUUGCAUUUUGAUACAAUAUACAAAAUACAGUAGUAGAGCUUUCAAAUAUUAUAUACUGUUUCUUCACAAUCCAAACAAAUUUGAAAAGCAUUUAAGUUUUAAACUUAACCAUGCAUUGGAUGACAGCUUAAAGAUCUUUGAUGGCCCUAUAGUUUUUUGGCAAUAUCUCGACAAAUUCUUCUAUAUAUCAUCCCAAAUUGGGAAAGUUACUAAUAUAUCAGUUAAACUUUGCUCUAUUGAGUGGGUAGGUGAGAUUGAAAAUUUUGGGGUAGUAUUUUUGGGUCUAACAGAACCACCAGAGGCUAAAUGUACCCAUAAGCUUUCAGAAUCAGAUUAUGAAUUUUCCAAUUCCAACCUUUGUGCAUAUGUUCUUAAAAGUGAAGAAAUAUUAAGCAAUAGCUACCUUAUCCCUCUUGCUUACAGUAGUGUAGUAACUCAUGUGCAUGUCUGUACAGCUGAGAUGGUUGACAACCAGUUAAGAAUGUCUCUGAUUGCCCUUACGAAAAGAAAUCAGCUUGUUUUGUUCCAAAAUGGCAUUCCUGUAAGAGUAUGCCAGCUUCCAUUUCUGGAUCCUUGUUCAGUUCAAAUUCUAGAUUCAGGUAAAGGAAACCGAUUUUUCAUCGUGUCAUUCAACUCCAAGGCGUGUGCUGUUUCAGAAAAGAAAUUUAAGGUUGUUGCUAAGUGGGAACAACUUAGCUUAGUCCUGAUAAAUGACUUUGUUGGAGUUGGAACUGAACAAGUACUGGUCAUUUUUGAGGAUGCUCAGAACACAGAUCGGCUGACUUCAUUUGCAUUAACAGAUUUUGUCAGAAUAAGCUAUUCAACUAAACCACUGGAUUGCAGUGAAGACUCUUUUGCUGAAGAGGAACAUGAGAAUUAUUCUUUGGUGCUCCCAGCACUGGAAGCACAAUUAGAAGCUUCAUUUGUUUCUCUCAACAAAUUACAGAAACAUAUCUCACUUAAGGAUAAAUUUAUUGCAAACUCUUGGAAGGCUCUAUUAAACUCAGUUUAUGGGAAAGUUGAUAGUACAUCAAGUGAUGAGGAGGACUGCCUUGUUCCGUUCUAUGAUGAAGAUGAAAAUAGUGUCCAUACCCCUGAGGAGAAGUCAUCAGAGAAUUUUCAAGAGCCAGAACACAUUGUAGAACAGACAUGGUGUCGUGUACUAGAUGAUGACUUAGUUGUUGGGAUGAAAGUCACAUCUUUGAAACUAUCGCCUAAUAAAAUGACUUUAUCACUGAUAAUGGAUCAAGGCAACAGGUCCAGCUUUCAGCUUAUGAAGUGUCAAAGUCAGGUGACUAGGUUGAGUAUGAGCUCUCACCCAGAAGCAUACUUGAUGCCAGUGGAAACAGGAGCAAAGAGAAAAAGGAUCAAGUUGACCUCUGGGAUCAAGUGUGAACAGUCCUGUAAGACAGAACCUACACACAUAAUUACUGCCGUUACGUCCCUUUCACCACUUUUAGUAUUCAACAAAUUGUGUUGCACUUUACUGUUAAACAUUAGUGACAGAGAUAAUGAUAAAAAUACUGUGGAUGAUUAUAUGGUAUGUGGCAACCUGGAUUUUAAUCUACAAGAACUUUUUAGUAUGAACCACCUACUGGCAUUCCCAAAGAAGCAAUCAAUAGAACAUAUGGAAGAUCUUUUCUCACUUCUUGCAGUAUUGCACAAAUACUGUUUUCUUGUCUCCUCACCUGCCCAUGCCCCAAAUCUAAUGAAGAUGUGGCUCUUGAAACACAUGAAAUGUGAAAUCAUCAACGACUUUAGAGAAAUAUACCUUUAUAAAAAGCUUCGAAGUUGUGGGGCACUCUUCUCUUGGAAGCCAAGAACAAUAUUUGAAGGAAUUUUAACUGUAUACUGCAGGAACCAAGGAGUUUUAUUCCAGUGUCUUGACCAUCUCUUCAAAGUGCUUCCUGAAAAAUGUUUCUUCAAAUACCUGACAUUAGGAACCGAGGAUGCCCUAAUGAAUCAUUUGUCAUCCACUUUGGAGCAGGAACUAGUUACGUUUUCUUCUCUUUCUACUUCUGCCUUUGAAUAUGUUAGAGAUGGAUUGAUGCAUCAGUAUAAGCCAAGCAAAACAAGUAAUAGUGCCACAAGUGCCUCAGAGGGAAAGGCCAAAAUCCAUCUGCACAAACAAGAAGUACAGAGAGAAAGACUGAUACAGGACUUGAAUCUGAAAGUGAAUGGUGCCAGCUAUGCGGAGAUGACUUUGGCAUUAGCUAAGACUCAGUUGAAAUCAGACCUUAUUGCAGAGAAACUGGCCAAUUUGUAA